CCGGAAUGAUUUUGCUACAGACUCUCUGGAGAGCCUGGGAGUGGAAUUCCCAAAGAUCCCCACAUCGAUGAAAGCAAAGCCAAGCCACAAAGCCACCGCCAUGUCCACGUCGCUGCGCGUGAGCCCGUCCAUCCACGGCUACCACUUUGACACGGCCUCGCGCAAGAAAGCCGUGGGCAACAUCUUUGAGAACAUUGACCAAGAAUCACUACAGAGGCUCUUCAAAAACUCCGGGGACAAGAAGGCCGAGGAGAGAGCUAAGAUCAUCUUCGCCAUAGAUCAAGAUCUGGAGGAGAAGACACGCGCCCUCAUGGGCCUGAAAAAGAGGACGCGGGACAAGCUUUUCCAGUUUCUGAAACUGCGGAAAUACUCCAUCAAGGUUCACUGAGGACAAGAGAAUGGAUAAGGACGUUAUCCAAGAAGGGACAUUUAAAGAGACCAAGUGAGUUUGUGAGACCUUGAACCAGGCAGCAUUUGGUUGCUGUCUUGCAAGUUUCCCUUGGUCAGGACUCCUGAUGCUGGGAAGGAGCUGCUGACAAAGACUCCAUCCAAUUUCAUGCCUGUGCUGUUACAGGGGAGAGAGAACAAAAUGCUUUCAGCAAGGAUUUGAAAACUCUCCCUGUGGGAAAGGACGCCGGUGUCAGGAGAGUCUGGACAGAUGUGAUGAGAACUGAAACGGCAGAUAACAGGCUGGGAAAGAAUGACAGUCAGGUCCCUUUGCCUGGCCCUAGGACUGAAAUUCAACCUGAACUUGUUUUCCUUAAGGGAACUGGGUGGAGAGAGGGAGGGGGCAGAGGGGAAAGACAGAAUACUGUGCUCUGAUAGUUCACUGAGUUUUUCAUUUGAAUGUGCGCAAUGUAGUCAAGUUUCAGUGUUGUCUAUUGGGAUAGAUUUUUUGAGAUCAGUAAUUGAUUAUUUAUUUGCAUUUAUUGCAAUGCCUGACAGAAGGCACCAUAUGGGUGUUCAGUACAAAUUCAAGGAACUGCAAUACUUUCAGAAGCUUAGUAAAACCAUAAGCCCCUUCUGGUUUUGGUGCAUUUCAAAGGUAAAGGGAUUUCGUGCAUUUCAAACUGGUUAAAAGGGUUUUUAGGCAUUUCAAACUGGUUACAUAAAAGUUAAAAUAAUGGGGUCCUUCAUAAAUCUGAAGUACUGUGAAAACAUUUUUCAAUUUUUAAUCUUCUAACUGAUGCUAAAAUAUAAUCUAAUUAAAUUUCUUACAGUUACUGCCAUAAGCCUUAGGAAGUAAAUAUGAUAUGCUAAAUAGUUUAUAAAGAGACUAUGGUUUCUAUAAUUUAUUAUACAUGAUAAAUGAUAUGCAACCAUAAUAAAUUAUUAUAAACUUA